AUGGCCAAGUCAAGAGAAGAAGUCAACAACAUCCUUGAACAAGAUGAGGCAAAUUCAGGGCUUUCAAGUGGUAGCGAAUCUGUUGAAGUUAGUCAUGAAGCUGGUGAUGAAAUGCACACAAGAAAGUGUGAAAAAUAUGGCUGUGCGGAUAUGGGGAGUGGCACAUGGCCAAGGGCAGCCUGGUACUGCAAGGGAGCUGGCAGGCAUGCCAUCACAGGAUUGUCAGAUGCCCCAGUGAAAUAUCCACUUGCAGUGCUAGGCGAUUUUGUAUCAGAGGUUGGAUGUCUUCCGGGUAAGCAUGUCAUCAACACAUAUAUCAUGCGUUUGAGGGAGCAAGGAUGGAAUGUGGAAGAGAUUGUGAAGAAGGCAACUCGUUGUGGAAUGUCCUUUGCACAUGAGGUUGCCAAUGUUGUGCGCCUCCAAGGACUCCCUGGGGAUUCUGAGAGCAUCUCAGACCUUGUUUGGGGACGUUGCCCAAUUGCUGGGACUUGGUGGCCAGCAGAGAAGCUUGAUCCAUUCAGGAUGCCCAAAGGAAGGACCCUGCCCAUCGAUGCACUGUUGAAACUGACCCCCCAUGAACGCACACACUGGCUUCCAAGGGACACCUGGGAGAGUGUUGGGCACCAUGCUGGGGAAGCGGAUAAUAGCCUGUUUGGGACUACAACCAUGCCCAGAUACCCUGCUGAAGAAGAUGCAGGAGAAUCUGUUUGUGUGUAUGCUCAAGAAACUCCAGUUCAAGGAGAUUCUUGCCGUGUUUUGGUGGUGUUCUUUGGUGAUAAGUCACAUCUAUGGCUUCCAUCAUGCGAGCUCUUGCCAUUUGAGAAGCACCUGGAUGAGAUUACAAAGGAAGCCAAGGAGCUUCAAAAGGCAGGGCUCCUGAGACAGCCAGCCCUUUUUGAUCAGGCUCUGGAGCAGGCAAAGACUUGGUUGGCUGUCAAGAAACAGAGCAAGGGCAAAAAGUUCCAGUGCUCAUCAGCCUUGGCAUCCAGGGCUGCUGAAAUGGCAGCCGCUGCAAAUAAAAGGCCUAGGUGUGGCAGCUGUGAGGCAUGUUUGAACCAAUGCUCUGGCCGUCGGAGGCGGUGUCUGCAUGUGCGUGCCAUGGCUGCUGCAGAGGCUGGCCACACAGGUGCCCAACUGGCCGUAAUGGGAAUACGUGCGAUUGGUGCAAAAGUGAAAGUGUGGUGGCCACUGGAUGAGGCGUGGUACAGGGGACAGGUGACAGACUACGAUCGCAUCAAUCUUCGCCACACGUUGUCAUAUGACGAUGGAGAUGUGGAAAUUAUUCCCUUGUGGGCCCCAAACCAGCAGGUUCAAGUGAUCAGCCGUCCAAAAGACUGGCCAAGAGAGGCAAAGAAACUUCUCUCAAAGAAGAAAAACAGGCAAAGAAAUGCCGCUACGCACAAGAGCAAUGCACAGGGAAGCCACCAGCAAGCAACUCAAUUGGAGACUGCAAGGGCAGCAAAUAUUGACAGGAACCGAGCCAAGCUCCAGGAUUUGAUGGCAAGGGAUGAAAAGUGUGACACCAUGCAAUCAGCAAAGAGCACUAAAACAGUUGCAACGAAGAAAAGGAAAAUGGAAGUUCUCACGCCAAGUACACCUACACCAAUGUGCAGACUCACAAGAGCAGCACACCGCAGACAGCUGCCAGAGGCUGACACAGCGCUAUGGAGUUGA